CGUACGGUGCGCAGAAUUUCUCAUGUCACAUAAUCCUACUCCUUGUGGUCUCCGCUUGUUAGGGACCACUUGCCCGUAACGUUUCUGUCAACAAAGUCCUCUCAUCUUCGCUUCAUCGUCGGCUUCCUUUCCUCUUCCUGUCGAUCGUCGCCUCCCAUGGCUUCUUCGACCGCUAACCGUUGGCUGAGGCCCGAGGUCUAUCCCCUCUUUGCGGCGGUCGGAGUGGCUGUGGGAAUCUGUGGCUUCCAGCUGGUCCGCAACAUUUGCAUCAAUCCUGAAGUGAGAUAUGGUGACGUUCUUUUCCAUACAUAUGGCGAUUUUACCAGGGUCAGCAAGGAAGGCAGGGCUGCAGGAGUGCUGGAGAACUACGCUGAAGGACAGAAGUAUGCAGAGCAUGGUCUCAGAAGGUUCGUUCGCAAUAAAGCACCUGAGAUUAUGCCAUCAAUCAAUAGAUUUUUCGCUGAUCCCAAGUGAAGCCUUUUGGACCAAAACAAUGCAAAACAUUUGUCAUGGUUGUCAUUCGUGUUCUACUUGGUUUCUCAUUACAAUAAUUAUGGUCAUGAGAUUGGAUGACAGAUGUUUGUGAUGCUGUUAGACCAACAAAUUAUAUUAUGAAUAAUGUGAUUUUAAUUGUGUUAUAUCGGAGAUGCACAGCUGCUUCUCCUGGACGUUAAAAAAUUUGUUCUUUUUCUUAUGUACUGUGAAAAUAUGCACAUCCAUCGUUUGCUC